CAGACCACUGCACAACUAUACGGCCAGAGACUCUUCAUCUGGUAAGCAACCUGCUGGUUUGAAAGAUCAAGAUGUUGAUGACGAAGAUGUCAUUGGAAGGAAGCUGGCCAUGCAUUGUUUUUUUUUCUUUUUUUUCUCCUUCCCCAGAGGAUUGUGGCUGCCUUAAUGGUGGCUGGUGUCAAGAUGAUGGGGUGUGUGACUGUACCCAGUUCCAGGCGCUGGGAAACCGCUGCCAAAUUGUACCCAACCAGGGUCAAGACAGAGACGGGAUCUGCAGGUCAUGGGGUCAACACCACUAUGAGACCUUUGAUGGGAUCUACUUCUACUUUCCUGGGAAGUGUUCCUACAUCCUGGCACAGGACUGUCACUCUGCGACACCGCAGUAUACAGUUUGGGUGCACAACAGCCGAGUGUGCGACGGAAGUGUGUAUUCGUGUCCAAGAGCUCUCAGCCUGCUAUUCCCAAAUGAGGAAGAGAUCCACAUAUCUGCAUACCAUGUCCACCAGGGAGGACGCAGGCUCAGUCUGCCUCACACCAUAGGUGGCGUUUUUAUCGAGCGGCUGGCCGAUUACCUGCUGGUGAAGAGUGUUUUUGGAUUUUCUCUGGCAUGGGAUGGAGGCUCGGGGGUCUACCUGAAGAUGAGCGAGGAGCACCAGGGUGCCCCCUGUGGCUUAUGUGGGAAUUUCAACAACAUCGCGGUUGAUGACCUCACCACUGCCCGUGGCGUACGAACCGAUGAACCUGCAGUGUUUGCUAACAGCUGGGCAAUUGACCUGCCUCAUGAAAGAGCCUGUCCUUCAGUGGACCUCGACUUCAUUGGACCGUGUGACUCCGAAUCAGAUAUGGACGAUGCCAUUGAGAAAUGCAGCGCUCUCCUGUUCUUCCCGUUUCUUUCCUGUCACGAAAAUAUUGAUCCCAAUCCAUUUGUGGCCAGCUGCGUCGCUGACCUCUGUGUAGCUGAUGAUGAGGAGACAUUUUGCAGGGCCUUGGUGGAGUACACCCGGGCCUGCUCUCAUGUGGGAUACCCAGUGAGGGAGUGGAGGGAUAGCUUUCCCUCUUGCAAUGAUGGCUGUGAGGAGAGCUUCGUGUACAGAGAUUGUAUCAGUUGCUGCCCUCCCACCUGCACCUUUGAAAAAGAGUGCCUCGGAACCAACCUGCAUUGCCUGGACGGCUGCUACUGUCCUGAUGGGCUCAUUCUUCAAAACGGCACAUGCAUAGCCGCUUUCCAGUGCCCGUGUGUUUACCAUGGUUCUUCGUACGUGCACGGACAUGUGCUCAGACAAGGUUGCAGUGUUUGUAUUUGCAUGGGAGGCGUAUGGAACUGCACGGAAAGCAACUGCACCGCGGAGUGUUCGGUGAUGGGCGACGUGUUUGUGACCACUUUCGACGGGAGAAUGUUUCUCCAGCCGGGUGCGUGCCAGUACGUGCUCGCAAAAAGCCGCGGCAGCAGCAGAUUUACUGUCACGCUGCAGUACACGACUUGCAUUGAGAAGCAGGUGUGUAUUCAAUCAGUGACUCUGAUGCUCGAGGAGGACGUCAGUCGUCAGAUCACUCUGACCAGAGAAGGAGGAGUGAUGAUCGGCGUCAACUCGGCACCCAUCCUUCCUUAUAUUGAUGAUACAAUGGAUGUGCGCAAGCUGACAUCUGUGUUCACUCAACUGAAGGCACGGUUGGGUCUGAGGCUGCAUUAUGACGGCAGAGGUGGCCGAGUCCAUCUGCAGCUCGACAGCCGCUGGCGCGGAUUGACGCUCGGCCUUUGCGGGACCUUAAAUGGAAAUCUUCGGGAUGACUUUCUGUCCCCUGCUGGUAUGAUUGAGGGUACGCCGCAGCUUCAUGCAAACGCCUGGAAAGUAUCUUCAGCUUGCGUUGCGCCGCUUAACCUGCCCGUUGUUGACCCGUGCGAGAUCAAUUUACAGAAUGUAUUCUAUGCCUCCCAGUGUGAGGUGCUCCUGGGUAGUGUGUUCACCCCGUGUCACGGCUACAUUGGUCCAAACGUUUACCGGCAGCAAUGUCGCUACCAGGCCUGCCGCUGCGGGAGCUCUUGUCUGUGCACCGCUCUGGCCCACUACGCCCUGCUCUGCUCCAAGAUUGGAGUCGACAUUAAUUUCCGAGCGCACGUCUCCGAAUGCGGAGUGGUGUGUCUCGGAGGGAUGCUGUACCACUCGUGCGUGUCGUCCUGCGGGCGAUCCUGUCGUGCUCUGUCCAGCAUGGAGCUCUGCAACCCCGAUGACUGCGCUGAGGGGUGUGGCUGUCCUGACGGCAGUUACUAUGACGACGUGCGCCAGCGAUGUGUGCGACUGGCGCAGUGCCACUGCUACACCCUGGCCGGUGUGUCUCAACCAGGCGAGGUCAUCUUCAGCGCCACUGGACCCUGCCUGUGCAGGAAUGGGAAGCUGGAGUGUGUGCCAGAGGAAAAAGAGCCAGACAGCCCAGAGAUUGGGCAGUGCCCCGCGGGUCAACUGUACCACAGUUGCGCCGAGCAGAGAGGCGGAGUGGCCUGCAUGCCGACGUGCCGCAACCUCAUGUUGAAUGUCACCUGCCCGCCCAACACGCCUUGCAUCCCGGGCUGCAUCUGCCCUCCUGGGCUGGUGCUGCACCGUGGGGAGUGUUACUAUCCGGAGAACUGCCCUUGUGUCUGGCUUGGUCUGGAGUACCUCCCUGGAGAAACUGUGGAAACGUCCUGUUAUAAAUGCGUGUGUCAUCGUGGCUAUUUCAACUGUAGUUAUUCACCGUGUCCAGCUGUGUGCACUGUCUAUAGCGACAGACAUUACCACACCUUUGACGGCCUGGAGUACGACUACCACUCAGACUGUCAGGUCUACCUGCUUAAAAGCUCAGGAGAAACUGAAGUCUCCAUUGUUGCCCAAAAUAAGGACUGCUAUGAGAGUGGCAUCGUGUGCAUGAAAACACUGGUCAUACACGUGGGACUUACCGAGAUCUACUUCAUGGACAACUCUGGCAAUCCUAGCCCAUCCACCGUGGUGGGUCGAGAGUCUGUAUUCGAGCUGUGGAAAGCCGGCUUCUACACCGUGGUCCAUUUCCCCGAUCAGGCCUUGACCGUCCUCUGGGACCGUAAGACAACCGUGCACAUCAGAGCUGGGCCUCGGUGGAAGGGUCUUCUCAGCGGUUUAUGUGGAAAUUUCGACGGUGUGACUGUAAACGACAUGACCACGUCCAGCCGCAUGGAGGUUAACAACGCACAGACCUUUGGCGAUAGCUGGACGUUGGGACAGUGUCAAAGUGACUAUGUUGUGGAGCGACCGUGCGAAGCCGACUUGGGGAGACAGCCGUACGCCAAGAGGGAAUGUGCUCUUCUAUACAGUGAGGUCUUUGCAUCCUGUCACAAUGUGGUGGACGUGGCCUUGUUCUACAGAAAUUGCCUGACCGACACUUGCAACUGCGACCGGGGGGGCGACUGUGAGUGUCUGUGCACAUCCAUCGCUGCCUAUGCCCACAAAUGUUGCCAGCACGGCAUCACCAUACACUGGAGGUCGCCCUCGGUGUGUCCCCAGGAUUGUGAAUACUACAAUCAAGCGCUAGGCGACGGACCGUAUUCCUUGGUGAGCGCUGUCCACAAUCACACAAUGAUGGGAGUGAAUCGCACUAGUGGCUCAGUGUUUCCUCUGAUGAGAGACACGUCAGGCCAUUCACCUACCCCGGGCCUCCUCUACAACUUCAUGGUCACGGCAGGCCUGUACAGGAACAGGACGUCACGCAUCGCCAUGGUGUCCCUGGAGUCUGCAGAGCGACCCAAUUUCUUCCUCGUGGUGUCGGGGAAGAGAUGUGUCCAGCUGGAGCGCUGGAGUCCAGAGGAGGAGUUCAGACGCCGGGCAACGUUCAUCCAGCAUCACGGGCUGUUUCUGCCCGGUCACACCUCGUUUGAAUUCGCCGGCCAACCAGGGAUCUUUCUGACCCUGACGCGCACCGCCGCUCGAGCUGUGAGAUAUGACACCUCUGGCGGUUUCAAAGUUAGCAGCAGCUUCAUACUCGAGGAGACUCAUUUUGUCAUCCCCUACCGGAUGAUGUGUGAGUGGCGCUAUCAAGCCUGCGCCAGCCCUUGCGUGCGCACAUGCAAUGACCCAGAUGCCACACGCUGCAACUUCCUGCCUCUCGUGGAAGGCUGCUUCCCACGAUGUCCCAAGAACAUGGUCCUAGAUGAGGUCACCAGCAGAUGUGUCUACAUGGAGGAUUGCGUGACUCUUCCCCCGACUGCCACCCCCUUUGCAUUUGUGACUCGACCUGACAUGACUACGUCGCUACCGACAACGCUUUCAACUCCAAGGGCUACGACUACCCCAACUUCCACGAGCACCACUGGAGUCCUCACUCCAUUUUCCAUGAGGCCAUCCACCAUCGCCACUACUUUCAGUCCAUCUCCAGUGAUUGCCACCACUACAACUCCCCCCACAAGUACACUCACCCAGAUGCCCCCAACACCCUGGACUAUUCCCACAGAGCCCCCCACAUCAUCCCUCAUUUCGACUGCUAUUCCUUCAGUAACUUCCACCGCUGGCGCUACUGCACCAUCAACUUCAGUGCCACCCGUCCUUAUGACGUCCACGCUACCUACUUCCAUCUCCCCCGCAACUAGCGCCGUUCCCACGGCUACUCCUCCUCAAUCUCAGCCCGCCGACACGGCCAGGAUAACCCCUGCCGACGCUUUGACGGUUGUCGUGGCAACCUCCACGCCGAGCGUCACAAGCACCAAGCCGGCGACCGCAGAAGUAUUGACAAGUGAAGACGCCUUUCCGACAACAGAGGAGGCGUUGAGUACGUCUGCGUUCUUCAUGCCCACGACCCCCUGUACUCCUCCAUAUGUCUCCCGUAUCGACGAGUGUGCAGAGCUCAUUUGUUUCAACGGGCAGCUGCUGCUUUACAACGCAUCCCUGCAUUGCCGCUUCGACACCACCCAACCCCGGUGCAACCUGCUGGGCCUGCCUGUCCUCAUCAACAUGGACCCCUGCUGCCCACAGUGGCGGUGCCCUUGUCGUUGCACUGUGAUGUCUGACCUGCGCUUGAUCACGUUUGAUGGCAACAAUGUGGCCUUGUAUGAUGACGGCUCCUAUGUCCUGGUUAAGCUGCCGGGAGAGACUAUUAUUGGCACGGUAGAGAAAUGUCCAACUAGCCAGAGCGUAAACUCAAUCAGAAGACCUAGUCCAACAGGUGGAACAUCUGGUCUAUGUUUGAGGAAAUUAAAUAUCACGACCUCUUCCGACUGUAUUGUUAUCAAUCGAGUGGAUCGAAAGGUCACAGUGAACUACAGACCCAAUAGGUUGCCGUUUUCCCUCCGCUCUCUUCGUGUGGAAGACACCGGCGCUAUGUAUCUAAUCAAAACAGCUGGUCACGUCAGCAUACAGUGGUAUCACAGCACAGGCAUCAUGGUGCUGCAGUUCAUCACACCAAAUGAAACAUCUGUGCCCACUCGCGGCCUAUGCGGUUUCUGUGACGGCAACCUGGAGAAUGACCUGAGGUUGCCUAAUGGCACUGUGGUGACAGAGGUGGGGAACAUGAUGCUCUUCCUGCAGGCUUGGCGGAUCCCCGUGCCCGACGAAAGCGAGCACACUCGUAGGGUCGGAGACAACUGCACUGUUGAGGACUGCUCGAUUUGUUUAUACAUGCUCCACCAGAGAGCCUUCACACCAUGCCAUCGCAAGGUGCCUCCGGACCAGUUCUGUGACAUCAUGUGGGCGGGCGACCUACACUACAAGGACCACCAGUGUGACUUCCUGGCGGCCUAUGUUGCUGUCUGCUACACACACCAAGUGUGCAUCAACUGGAGACGACACAACUUCUGCCCUCUGCGGUGCCCACCCGGCAAGGAGUACCGUCCUUGUGUGAACACCUGCGCGAGCCUCACCUGUCUGAACAAGGACUACUAUGAGGAGACCACUUGCCCCUUCAUCCGGGAGGAGUGUGUUUGCCGCAGAGGGACCCUCUUGCACCGCGCUGAUUCCCCGCACUGCGUGACCGUGAAUCGCUGUGCGUGCACGGACAACGAAGGCAGGCCCCGUGCACCCGGCGAGGUUUGGAAUGGCUCGUCUGUAGGCUGCUGCUUGUACAAGUGCAUGGAGAAUGGCUCCGUGCUCGCCGUGGAGCCCGACUGUGGCUUUAUCCCGACGCCGAUGUGCGAGAGACAGGGAGAAUACGUGCUGGAUGUGCUGGAGGAAGGCGCCUGCUGUCCCAAGAAGAUCUGCGAUUGCAACAUGACCAUCUGUGACAGUGAGGCACCGGCUUGCGUCGACGGCGAUCGACUGGUGAUCGGUUACAGCGCUCUCUCCUGUUGCCCGGAGUACAGAUGCGAGUGUGACCCGGCGGCGUGCCCCCCCACCGCUUCCCCCAAUUGUAGGGAAGACCAGUUUUUUGUGCAGAUACGAGGGGAGAAAAUGUGCUGCUAUUCUUCUCUCUGUGUGUGUAAUUCGUGCAUGGAGCCUGUUCCAACCUGCUCGCAUGGAGAAAUUCUGGCUGUGGAUCUGAACACCACCCACAGCUGCUGUCCACAAUAUCUUUGUGUAUGUGAUGUUAACAAGUGUCCCAAAUCAUCCAUAAGCUGUGCACCAGGCCUUACUUUGAUGGAAACCACUCCACCAGGCCUUUGCUGUCCGCAGCAACAUUGUGAAUGUCAAUGUGAGGACAGUGCUCUCCAAGUGUGCCAGCUUGGGGAGGUUCUAUUCGAGGUCCCAGACAUCAGCAGCAGUGACUGUGGCUGUUCUCGACACACGUGCCAGAAAGCAGAAGUGUGUCUUUUCCAAGGGAUGACAGUGCUUGGACCGGGCCAAUCCCUUGUUCAGUACUUUGAGGGACAGUUGUGCUACACGGUCCAUUGCCUGCAUCACAGAGAUCCAAACACGGGCUUCUACGCCAUGGAAAUCACCUCGGUCAACUGCUCCCAACAGUGUGAACCUAAUCAGGUAUACGCAUCUUCCACUGACCCCCAGGUGUGCUGCGGCUCCUGUAAAAACGUCUCCUGUGUUUUCAUCAACAGCUAUGGAACAACAGAACUUUUUUCCGCGGGGAGCUCCUGGGUAGAGAAUUGCACCCGUUAUGACUGCAUAGAAACAGCAGUGGGAGCCAUGGUGCUGGUCUCCGGCGUCGUUUGCCCGCCUUUCGAUGACGAGUGCAUCCAGAAUGGCGGUGUGGUUCAGAGCUUCGUGGACGGCUGCUGCAGGACAUGCAAAGAUGACGGUAAGACGUGUAAGCGAGUGGCCAUCCGGACCACUAUACGUAAAGACGACUGCAGGAGCAACACACCCGUGACGGUCUUCUCCUGUGACGGCAAAUGUCCGUCGGCCACCAUCUUCAACUUCAACAUCAACACCCACGCCAGGUUCUGCAAGUGCUGCCGCGAGAACCGACUGCAGUCCCGCUCGGUGGCACUUUACUGUACACGUAACGCCACCAGCGUGGAGUACCGCUUCCAAGAGCCCCUGGACUGUACCUGCCAGUGGAACUGAAUGAAAGCUUCCGGCAGGGAUAUAACGGAGGGCUCCGAGAUUUGAGACGCGUGAAUGACAUAAUACAUGUAAGGCAUCGUAUUAGAUUUUGAACAGCACGAGAGGUGAAGGUAAUGCAAUGCUUCAAAAGGAAGAUAUUAAGGAUUUUUUUUAAAUUGCUUGUAUACAAAUACUGUAGUUAGGACUUUGAAGGACCUGCGGAUCACCUUACAGAGCUCGUGUCCUGCCCCAGCUUUCUUCCUUGCCCGCAUUGCCAAGUGCUUCCUAAUGUGGUUUUCUGCUCCAAGGUUAAUCAUAAUAAACACCGGCCCCUCACACGAUAUGGGGUGGGAUGGAGGUCGGCACCUAAGAACAGACAGAAAAUACAAAGUAAGUCAUGCAAAGUGUACCUUGUGAUCCUAGGCGUAUUAAAACGAAGAUACCUGAAAGCUGUUGUUAAAAAAUGCACGCCAUCGUUCCUAUGAAACAUAUAGGACACAAAAAUAUACUAAAAUUCACUCUGCCCAUCCACUCAACCGAGAGGAUCUCUCUGCUUAAUUCUGGUAACUUGUCAUUGUAAUUCCCAAAAUAUGAAUCAUAUACAGUAUCUAUGUUUCCAAGGGAGAUUAUGAAUGGAUGAGUUAACCUUUUUUUUUCUAUCGAAGUACAGUACAGACAAUAAUACUACCGUCUCCUCCCAAUUUCUUACUGAUGCAUCCGAAUAGGGGAAUAAAGCUUUAAAUGUGUUUUUGUCUGAA